AUGGUCGAGACGAGACCAAGCGGCCCUGAAAGAGUGUUGACUCGCAAGAACUUAUCUUUCCAAACCCUAGAUGAUGCCACCAGCCUCGUAAUCACCCGCGGCUGUCUCAUGGAGCCGACGAUGCAACCUCCACCUUUCAACUCCAACAACGGAGAAGGUUUAUUCAUGCACAGAAAACUGAUACCGCCACUCGGCUUCACCAGCGGCUACAGCUUUGCCUGCUUUGUCGUCUUUGCCGGCACCCUCAUGGGCUUCACGCUGGCCCGCGCCCAGUUCAUUGAUAUAGACGGCGUCAUGUGCAGCCCCGCGACGGCGGGCGGUCCCUUGAGGCACGCGGCCCCCGGGGAGUGCUUUUACUUCAUCUCUGGCGCGAUGCACGAGCGGUUCGGUAUCGUGCUGCACCUCGCGACCGUCCUGCCGGCGUCCCUCCUGGCCUGCUUCCAGCUCCUCCCUGCCCUGAGGGCCCGGUUCCCGGCGUUCCACCGGGCGAACGGGUACAUGGUGCUGCUGCUGAGCCUGCUGGGGGUGGCGGGCGGGCUCAUGAUAACCAGGAACGCCUUCUCCGGUGCUCUGGUGACGCAGACGGGGUUUGGACUCGGGGCUGUCGCGUUUCUUGCGGCGCUGGGUAUGGGCUGGGUGAGCAUGAGACGCAUGCGGGUCGAUCAGCAUAGGGCUUGGAUGUUGCGCGCCUGGUUUUACGUUGGGGCGGUCGUGACGACACGAAUUUUGAUGAGCGUCGGUGCCCAGGUCGUGACAGUCAUCGGUGGCUAUUACAUGCCAGAACCAUGCGACAAGAUCGAGAGCAUGCUGGGUCGCGACCGAACAUUGUCUAAAUACCCAACAUGCAAGAAGUUCUUUGACGGCGAGGCUCUCAGCCAGCACGCGCUGGUGGUGGCAAAUAUGGCUGGGGAAGUGGACAACAUCAGCGCAGCACUUGAUGCGGCCGCCGGGAUGGCUCUCUGGGCUGCGUUUGUGCUACACGCAGCCGGGGUAGAGAUAUAUGUGAGUCCACAGUUGCCAACGUGA